AUGCUUCUAUCCAUUUUCUUUUUUCUUCUUUACCCCAGAUACUUAUACCCCUUAGACGAUUUAAACCGCAAGCUAGGGACCAGUCUAUCAGAGCUGCCAUAUCCUAGGCAGCGUCAUGCUGCUGCUGCUGCUGCUGCUGCGGCGGCGGCGGCAGCGGCAGCUUCGACUCCUGCCUUAGCCACGAGCUCUGCAGCCUCUGUUGCAUCUGCAGCCAAUAUCACAGCCACUGCCCCCGGUAUCGCUUCAAUGCAAAAUCUUUCUUUCCUUUCUGGAAUGGAUGACCGAGUAGUCGAUCGAAUUGAAUCAGCCCGGCCGUCGCCUACCGAAUCUAUAUCCGAAUCUUCCUCAUAUCACCCAACUUCUACAAGUCGAAAAACACAUACAGCCACGGUUACUGCUACAAUGAAUUCUCUCAAAACCAAUACUGAUUCUGAUAACGUAUCUUCUUCUCUCUGCUGUUCACCGAGCAAGGAUCGUGACAGUAUAGCCGCUUCGCCCUCAAGCCCCGGGCAGAGUAGACCAAUCCAUAGAACCUCGCCACUUCAGCCUCUCUAUCAGAAACAUCACAAAUCUAUUUCCGGGGGAGCCGUACAUUCGAGCUCAUCUGGCCCAAGAUCCGCGACAAAUUUGAGUGUCGCUUCUGCUCGACGCAGACGACCUAUUCCGGUCUUGGCCAGGAAGGUGCCAACAACUAAAUCUGGCGUAGCCAGUGAUCAGACCCCCAGGAGAGCCAGUACAACGAAGGCUAAGGCCAAGGUGACUUAUUAUCACUUCGAUGUUAUUAUGGCAUAA